AUGACCAGCAAAUCCACCGUGAAGAGCUACAGCAGCAGCCACCGUGGCUUCAGCUCAGGCUCAGCCAGGGUCCCCGGGGUCUCGCGCUGUGGCUUCAGCAGCGUCUCUGUGUCCCGCUCCCGGGGCAGUGGCGGCCUGGGUGGAGUGUGCGGAGGAGCUGGCUUCGGCAGCCGCAGCCUCUACAACCUGGGGGGCUCCAAGAGGAUCUCCAUCGGAGGGGGCAGCUGUGCCGUCGGAGGUGGCUAUGGCAGCAGAGUCGGAGGCGGCUAUGGCUUUGGAGGUGGAGCCGGGAGCGGAUUCGGUUUCGGCGGUGGAGCUGGCGCUGGCUUUGGGCUCGGUGGUGGAGCUGGCUUUGGUGGUGGCUAUGGGGGUUCUGGCUUCCCCGUGUGCCCCCCCGGAGGCAUCCAAGAAGUCACGGUCAACCAGAGUCUCCUCACCCCUCUGAACCUGCAAAUCGACCCCUCCAUCCAGCGGGUCAGGACCGAGGAGCGUGAGCAGAUCAAGACCCUCAACAACAAGUUCGCCUCCUUCAUCGACAAGGUGCGGUUCCUAGAGCAGCAGAACAAGGUCCUGGACACCAAGUGGACCCUGCUGCAGGAGCAGGGCACCAAGACCGUGAGGCAGAACCUGGACCCUCUGUUCGAGCAGUACAUCAACAACCUCAGGAGGCAGCUGGACAGCAUCGUUGGGGAGAGAGGCCGCCUGGACUCGGAGCUCCGGGGCAUGCAGGACAUGGUGGAGGACUUCAAGAACAAGUGA